AGAGCGUCCACCUCCUCAGAGUGGAGGCUGAUGUGUGUGCUUUCCUUUCCAGCGGGUCGAAGAGUCGGCAGCUCUAGUUUCUUCUUCAGAUACAGUUCUGCUCCGUGUGUGUUCGGAGGAACCACGUCUCACUGUCAGAGUCAAACAUCUGGACUCUGCUGCACAUCCGCUCACAUUUGUUCUCUCCAAGUCUCCAUCACACAACUCCCAGGUUAGAAAAAAAAAACUGACUUAAAGAUAGAAGGAGUAAACGACGUCGAGUGAGGAGGAGGCGACCCCGACGGAGACGACAUGUUUGGAAUGAUCAAGAACACGAUCUUUGGACACACGGAGGAGACUGAGUACAAACUGCUGAGCAGUGAGACCAAGGACGGCAUCAGCUUCGAGACUCGCCGAUACGAUGCGUCCAAGUACGCCGCUGUGUCCUCAGAGGGACGGAACUUUGACCAGGUCUCGGGCGAGCUGGUGAGGAAGCUGCUCAUGUACAUCGGCGGGAGCAACCGACAAGGCGAGUCCAUGGGAACAGCGACCCCUAUCAUCAUCACGGUGUACCCACGGAACGACGGCGUUCUGUCUCGCCGGCUGGUGGUCGGCAUUCGCAUUCCCACCAUGUACCAGCAGGAGCCCCCGACUCCCAUCGACAGUUCUAUAAGGAUCGAGGAGCGGCCGGGCAUGACCGUCUACGCUCUCCAGUUUGGAGGAUUUGCCGGGGAGAACGAGUACAGGGCGGAGGCCCUGCGUUUGACACGCACCCUGGGUGAGUCGGCGCCAUUCCAGCGCAAACAGUACUUCUGCUGUACCUUCGACCCGCCCAUCAAGCCUUACGCUCGUCGCAACGAGGUCUGGUUUCUACAGGAGGAGCCGUAGGAGCGCGUGGAU